AUGGGUAACAAAACGAAGCAUACUACACCAGAUAACAGUGAUGAGGAAAGUGGAGACGCCUUCACCGAUGGUGAUUUCGGUGAUUCCGAUGAAGAGACAGUUGUAGAACGGUCAGAUGUUUCUAAAGCUGGUCAAUUGCCUGUCAAUGAGACGGUAAACACCAGUGUCAGAACUGUAAAUGAUAGUGAAGUAAAUGAAGAAACAGUAUGUGUAACUAAUGGAAAUGGGGAUGCUGAAGAUAAUACUGAAAAUUUAGAAAAUGGACACGGCUCUCACUCGGACGAGUUGGACAAUUACGUGGAUCUUGUCCUAACGGACGCACGAGACGAUUCUUAUAGCGAAAUCAAUCCGUCAAUAGUUGGGAUUCUCGGCGACCAGCACUCCCAUGCUGAGCAGCGGCUGGCAGCGCGACGAGCAGCCCGCGCAGAGGCGCGCGAGAUACGCAUGCGCGAGCUGGAGCGCCAGCAGCGCGAGCAGGAGGACCAUGCGGACAAAGCGUUCGACAUGUACGCAGAGACGGUGGGACGACGAGGGGGUCGGCUAGCAGCACUGAGCCCGGCCAUACAUUCGCCGAGACGCAGUUCCGAGGACUCCGCCGAUGACGUCUUCAGCAUCAAAGACUUAAGGCACGAGCUGAAAGAGGUGGAGGAAAAGUUCCGCAAGGCGAUGAUCCUUAACGCGCAGCUGGACAACGACAAGGCGGCGCUUGGCUACCAGCUGGAACUGCUCAAAGACAGGAUAGAAGAGCUACAAGAGGAACACGCACAGUUACAGCGGGAACACAAAGAGAAGUGCUCGGCACACGAGCGGCUAAAGCGCGAGCACUUGGCGCUGGAGCGCGAGGUGACGUGCGCGCGGGACGCGGUGCGCGCGCGCGACGCGGCGGCCGCGGCCGCGGGCUUCGCCUUCGUGGAGGCGGCCGACUGCGCAGACAUGCCGCAGGGCUUCGGCAGCGUGCCGCCGCUCGCGCUCGUCUCGCACCACUCCGAGCAGCUGCUCAACGACGCCGGCGAGGGCACGCUGGAUGUACGGUUGCAGAAAUUGGUGAGUUCGAAGCAAGCAUUGGAGUCAGAAGUGCGCAAACUGAAACUUAGUCUCAACGAGGAGCGUGCCGCGCGACAAAAUGGAGUCGCAUCGCUACAUGAGCGCGAACACGACAGCGAACUGGAAUCUUUACGCAAAUCUGUGGCGGAGGCAAAGGGACGAGCUGCGCGGGCGGAGGCUGAAGCUGCGCUGCAAGCGGCCGCCGUGGCGCGUCUCGAGGCGCAGGUGGCCCGCCUGCGAGCGCGCCAGGACCACCAGGACGAGCACGAGGAGCAGCUCAAGCAGGAGCGGCGACGUCUGCAGCGCGAGGCAAGAGAAGCCCUCAAUCGAGUGGAAGAAUUGGAGACGGAGAAUAGUCAUCUGACAAAACGCCUUGACAAACUCAAGAACGCUAAAUCCGCGCUCCUGAAAGAGCUGUGA